UCACAGAAGCAGCACCACUUAAAGUGGGUGGCUGCGCCUUACCAGCACCCUCCGAAACGAGCCCGUCUCCUCCUCCCGCGGAGCUGCGGCUGGCGAGGAGGGCGGAACAUGUUUGUGCCGGAACUACUACGCCGCCGGGUUGGGCAGCCAGACGGAGGGAAUGACGCGGCCAUGAAACGACCGAGGCGAAGCCCUUAGGCCUUGACCUCGAGCAGAAGGCGAAGCGGGGUGAUGGUCAGAGGUCAGGCCGCGGCCGCCGCGGCGCUGGAAAGCGGGAGGAAGGGCUUUUGGGAUCCGCGAGGGCCGGGCGGCUUCGUCCUCCUCCCGUUCAUGCCGCGCUCCGCCCGCUCCCGCCGUUGCCUAGGAGACUGGAAGCGCACCGGCUCCCUCGCGCCGGGCCUCGGGCGGGGCGGCGGCGGCGCGAACUCGCCGACGCGGGGCUCCUUCCCGGGAGGCCGGCGUGGGGCGGGGCAUCGCUUCCUCAGCCUGGGCGCGGGGGGCCGUUGCCCAGCCGCCGGAGCGCGAGAUGUGAAUAUCCAUGCAUCGUAUCCACAACCUGAAAACAAGAGUAGUUUUCCCCCAUCAGGAAACAGAAAGCUUUAUUUUGACACCCAUGCCUUUGUAUGCCUUCUAGAAGAAAAUGGAUUCACUACUCAGCAAUCUGAGAUUAUUGUGUCUGCUUUAAUAAACAUCAUAAAUAACAAUAUGAAUGUGAUAUACAAGGACAUGGUCACAAAAGUACAACAGGAAAUUGCUCUUCAGCAGAUAAUGUCUCAUAUUGGUGGCGUGAAAAAGGACAUGAUUAUUUUGGAAAAGAGUGAAUUUUCAGCACUUCGAGCAGAAAAUGAGAAAAUAAAACUUGAACUUUACCAGCUAAGAAAGCAAGUAAUGGAUGAAGUCUCCAAAGUUCGUACAGACAGCAAGCUAGAUUUCAACUUGGAAAAGAGCAGAACAAAAGAAUUGUAUUCGCUUAAUGAGAGGAAACAUUUGAAAAUGAGAACAGAAGUAGUGGAAUUGCAUGCACAACAGGAUAGAGCUUUAACACAAACGUACAGGAAAAUAGACACUGAAGUUGCAGGCCUGAAAACAAUGCUUGAAUCGCACAAACUUGACACCAUUAAAUAUUUAGCAGGUUCAGUAUUUACAUGCCUUACAGUCGCACUGGGGUUUUACCGUUUAUGGAUAUAACAAAGCAUCUCUCUUGAAAGGACUUGUACUAUCUUGUCUUACAAAACAACAGCAAAAACCCAACAAAGAAGUAUUGUCACUUUAUUGAAAUAAUGUAGUCUUUGCCACUGCCAUUUUAUUUAUUUGUUUAGACUACAGAAUGUGGCCAAAGAAUGUGCCUCAAAACAAAUGUAAGUACAGUACUGAAAUACUGAUAGAAACAUAGCCUGGAAUCACAGGCAGCUAUAUUUUGCACAUCAGUGCCCACUCAUCUAAAUUUUUGUGGGUCUCUGGGCUAUUGUAAAACUAAAAUGUCAGGUUAUAAACAUAUCAAGCAUGAUAAGUUAUAGUAGAAUGUACUAGGGUUUUAUAUGUCAAGUACCAAGGUUGGAAAAAAUAUAAGCAUUCUUUUUGACACCAUUCCUGCAGAGGUGAAAAAUUAUUUAAUUCAAUUGCAAGUUAUCUUUCCACUAGUGUUGAUAAAACACUAUGGGUGGAAUUCAACAUCACACUUUUCCAAUCAUUCCAUCUGUGCAAUUGUUCCAGCCUGCCAGAUGGAACAAUGCCUCCCCCUCUCCACCCCACACACUUACUGUUUGGGAACCAAUUUUGGGGAUCACAGGGAGAGGGGGGAAAGGCCCGUUGUGCAAACAAAAAUCCUUGCACAGGGCUUCCACAGAUGGGGCUGGUUAGUUGAAUUGCACCCAUUGUAAAUAUUUUAUUGUACUUUAAUAGAUUGACAGGUUUUAUUGUGGUCUGCUGUUGCAAAAUUCCGUCCAAAUAAUAAUGUUUUACGAGCAGAUGUAGCAAUAUCAUGUUCAUAAGCAAAUGCCAAAGAAACGAUAGACUAGAAACCAUCACAUGCUAGCCAUUACCUUGAUAUAAAAGUGGAAAAAAUAAAGCUCAGUGAGAUACAUGAGCUUUUUAUAUAGGCACUGAAAAUUUCUUGCUUGAUAGAAGAGAGUGGCCUCCAUUCAAAAAUUUAGGAAAAAUAAGGUAGAGUUCAUUGAGGGAAAAUAAGAAGCAGAUAGUGCAGUCUUAUACAUAUCUACUUAAAACCACUUAGAAGGCAUUUUGGCAAGUAAGCGGUGUAUAAACUAGUAAUAAUCAUAUUAAUAGUAAGUUCUGUUGAGAUCAGUGGAGCAUGAAAGCAAAUGCAAAUGCAGCUCAGUAGUAGGAAAAUUCAUUAGAAUGAUAGUCUUAUUUUGUGAGGUGUCUUGAACAGUUUGGAAAUAUUAAUAAGUACUUCCUAGUGUUGCUAUUAUUGAGGAAUGUCUAUAUGUAGUCUAAUGGCUGAUGAAUGUAACCUUUUUUUAGAGCAAGCCAUUCUAAAUAAUAAAAAAAUCAUAGUAGAACUUGGAAUUGCAGCUAGAACAUAUUUUUUAGGUCACUGUUCUCAAAUACUUACCUGAAAAUUAGUUCCACUGAGAUUAGGAGAACACUUGUGUAUAAUUGCUCUGACCCAGAGACGCUUGUGUACAAACUUCCUGCAGAGACUGCUGGAAUUUGUUGAAAGUUGCUUUUGCGAGGAAAGCAACUAAAAAUAUGAUUAAUAAUAACAAUUCAGUGCUCUGGUAACCUUAGUGUUAGAUUACUGCAAUGUGUUAUACGCAGGGCUGCUUCUGAAAAUGGUUUGGAAACUUCACUUAGUGCAGAAUUCAGCAAGAUGGCUUGAGCAUAUCACGUACUCUGAUCCUGGUCCAACUGCAUUGGCUACUAGUUAGUUUCUGGGCCCAAUUCAAAGUCCUGGUUUUGACCUACAAAGCCUUAAACUGCUCAGGACCGAAAUACCUCAAGGACCGCCUCCUUCCAUAUGAACCUACCUGGACCCUGAGAUCAUCUUCUGAAGCCCUUCUUUGUGUGCCUUCUCCAUGAGAGGUCCAGAGGAUGGCAACACAAGAACGGGCCUUUUCUGCGGUGGCUCCCCGUUUGUAGAAUGCUCUCCCCUGAGAGGUGCCUUCAUUAUACACCUUUAGGCGCCAGGCCGAAACUUUCCUCUUUAACCAGGCCUUUGGUUGACUGACGUUCAGUGCCCUUUCAAAAUGUGUUUUUUUUUGGGGGGGGGUAGUUAUUGGGUUGUUUUUGUUUUUAAUUUGAUUCUGUGUUUAUAUAUUGUGAUUUUAGCCUGUGAACUGCCCUGAGACCUGUGGUAUACAAAUUCAAUAAAUAACAAUAACAACAGUAAUAACAACAGUAAUAAUAAUAAUAAUAAUAAUAAUAAUAAUAAUAAUAAUACAGAAUAGAUACAUCCCUGUACAGAAGGAAUUAAAUGGAAUGGGCUGUAAGAGUUCGCUGGAGGUAAGCGCUUAGUGUUCUACUUCAGCCUUUCUGUUGUGGAACCUCCUAUACCACUCAUUUUCCAUGCUUAACAAUCCCCGUUUCAGGGACUGAAAUGUUGGCACUGCCUCCAGAAAGAGUUUAAGUCACAUACUUAGUUUACUUCAAUACAUGCCCCCCCCCCCAGUUUAGUUACUGUAUAGUGACUUUAUUGUUGGCCACUACUUUUACCAUUUUAAUUAACAUUUAAAGAGCAGUAAAAUAGACAAGCAGGAUUUGCUAAAUAAUACGAGUGAAUAAUCAACAUGCCAAAGAAGUAAGCACUGAAGAUAUUGACCUCUUUUUUGUUGUUGCCAAUAUGCUGCAUGCACAAUGGUUUUUUAAAAAGAAUUACGUAAUUGCAACCUGAUCCAAAGCCUCUUUAUAUUGUAAGCUGAUAUAUUGUACAAGCAGUUCCAACUAAAUUCUAUCUAAUAUAAACCAGUGGCAAAGAAUACUUUGCAAACAGAUAUCUUCCUGGACCAAGAUACCCUAAAAAGCUUACUUGGUUAUAGUUUAGUUCUAGUUAAUAUAAAUCCUUCAUAUUUAAGCUUAACAGUACCUAUGAUCAUGUAUGUAGCUGUUUAGAAUUAUAUCCCAUUGAUUUCAGUGGAAUGUACUUUUGAGCAAGAUGCUUAAAAUCACACCCUGAUGUCCCAUGGAAGUUUGGGGAUUUUGUGGGACCUGAUUCCAAGUAACCAUGUUUAACACUGGGCUCUACAUUGAUUUUUAGAAUUUUGAAUUACAUUAGAAGCUUACUUUGGUAUAGAGGGCUGGGGGAGAAUAAUAUUUUUAUCUUUGGCACUGUCUUGGUGUGUGUAUGUUAGAUUACUGCAUCAUGUUUAUUUUCUUCCAGAACCUUGUGAUCCCAAGUAAGCAUUGAGGUUCUGAGAUAUAAAUGGGGAUGGAAGGAUAACAGUUUAUUGCUUCAUUGGCAUUUUUAAUGAGAUCCUCUGUGCUUUCCCGCUCCUUUUCUAUACUUUGCUUUCUGUGCUGAUUCUAAAGCACCUUAAUCAAUAGACCCAAAAAGUUUAUCCUGCAUUGUUUGGAUAAUCAACUUAGGUUGAUUCUUUUCUCUGUUUAUUUAAACAAGCUUUAUUGCAAGCAAAGAUCCAGAUACCUAGCCCUGAAGUAUUGUCUCUUAUUUUCCAACAUGGUGUGUGUAAGGUUCAUGUGUGAAAACCACAGGUUUAGUAAACAGAUGUUUAAUGGUUAAGCCUAAGAGUUUUGAGAAUGAUACUACAGAGAGAGAGGUUGGAAACAUGGAUUGACUUAAUGCCAGACUAUUUCUAUGUGAAAUAAACUUCUACACAUGAAUAAAUUAUGUGGUCUUUUUGCUUAGUAUUAUAUACUGUCUGUAUCUUCCCCAACUUAUUGCCCUUCAGAUCGUUUGGAUUACAGUGUCCAUCAGACCCAGUCAACAUCUCCAAUAGUUAUAGGGAUGACAAAAUUUUUGUUGUCCAAUCCAAUCCACCUUUAUUGUACUAGCCAUUGGCCAUGACAAAUCCAAAUCAAAAAUAAGUACAAACAAAGGGACGCCUCACCAAAAUAUCUGGAGGACACCAGGUUGGGAAAGGGUGGAUUUGAUUUAAUUUUGGAAUUUAAAUUCCUUGUCUCUACAUCUCCCUAGAAUUCUCAUCACUUUGUGUGCAGAAUGUAGGUUUACAUACUUCUACAUACUUUUGCUGUGGUGAAACCUAUAAAGUUGAUUUCUAUUCCUCUUUGAUGCCUAUGUUUAUAUUAGGAGAGCAAGGCGAAUAUAUAUAUAUAUAUUUAACCCAAGCCUUUUAACUUCUCAUUUAAAUUUUCAGUACAAACUAUUAAUUUGUCUCAGUUGUGGGGCAGCUGAGAGAUGCUGUGGAAAUGUGAUGUUGAAGUCCUUGCCCAACUCUCUGAUGCUCAUGCCACUGCUGUCCUUUACAGGUCUUGCAAUUAACCUAGGAAAAAUAGUUCCCCUCCAGAAAGGGCAGAUAGAGUAAUUGCCAUUUGGUGUGGAGCUUCUUACUUAGUGCUCCAGAUUUAUCUCUUUGUGUUCCAUCUGUGCUCCAGGUUUAUCUUUUUGCUUAGAAGCAAGAACUGCAGAGGGGCUGGAGCAAGAGUAAUGAAUGCAAGUUGUGCAAGAUCUGUUUUGGCAGAUCCUGUCUAUGGUCAACUUUAGUUCAGUUGAAUUAAAUCACAUGGUGGGAUAUGAAAGUUUUUCUGAAAAACUGAAGCAUUGGAAUUGCAACAGAUAAAAGUAAGGAUCAAUUUUUCCAAACUGGUUAACAUGUUGGCUCAAUAGUGAUGUGCUCCUCAUUAGAAACCUAUGGGACUGUGAAAACUGGGUAAACAUGAAGCAAGGCAGACAUGGGGAACCUGUGUCCUUCAGAUGUUGCUGGACUUCAGCAACUCCAGCCAGCAUAGUGACUGGUCAGGGAUACUGAUACCGGUAGUUGUUGUCCAACAGCAUGCCAGAGGGCCACAGGUUACCAAGCCCCAGAGUAAGGUACAGUAUAACUGAAUAGUGUAUUCAAACAUAUUGAAUAUAAGUGCUGUAUAUAUAUUAUUACUCUGUUGACCUAUUAACUGCAUUUCCCAUAGUAACACUGAAGACAGGCAUGUUUGAGAAAAUGUUCAUACACUCUAUGGAGGGAAGGCGAGUAUUGACUUGCACUGUAAUAACAAAACACGCCCCUCCCCUGUUUGAAUGGUUCUCCUUAAUCUGUGCCACUGCCACCAUUCAGACUCUCUCCUUUCCUCUGAACCCUUACCAAUAACUUUGUAACUGCGGGGUACAAGCACAGUACAAAGCCUGUCAUAUACAAAUGCUAUAUUUAACAAAGGUGUGUGUCUUUAUUACAAGGUUAGGACAAGCUUAUCUGACUAUUUUAAAUAGUACUGUAUUAUUAAAUGAAUAUAAACUAUGUUAACUUGCUACUGUCAGUUUAUAUACCAACAACUUAUAUUCACAGCUAUUAAUGUUAAGCUAAGGUGGUUUUAAGGAAGCAGCUAGAUACCCUAUAAAAAUUGCCCUUUCUACCCACCCCUCCACCCCAGUCAAACCUCAUCAACACUAUAACUGAGGGCUUUGCUGGAAGUCUGUUUCCCUAACCCUUUACUGACCUAUUGAAAUGCAACUUUGCCUUUCUGUACUUGCCCUGGAAGUGGUAGUCAUCCCUCUGGUGUUUCUACUGCCAGACACCAGUGACCUAUACUCUAAGCUGCUUCUCCUCUAAGCACUGCAGGUUCUCCCUGGUUUCUUCAGCCUAAAACAGCUUAGUCUCUUCAGCUAUGCCCAGCAAGUAUUUGGCGACCAAGCAACUCCAUGUGCAUCUUAGGUCUUCCAUCUUCUCCAAUCAUCUUUUGCCAUCUUCUUCUUCUGGCUGACUCCACAAGCACCAACAACUCCAGCUCCCCUCUGCUGACCAGCACUUCUUCAGGCCCCUCCAGUUCCAGCUAACCACACUAACUGAAAAUUCCAAACCUGCCCCCAACAAUCAAAAUAUGCAAACCUUAUAUACUUUGUAUAUGGAGAAUUCGAAUGCCAACCCUUCCUCACAGCUGUCAGUUAAGGCCCCAAGCGACAGUUAAACUUACUUUCAUCAGACCAGACAGAAACCCUCCAACAUCAAAUACACUUCAAUGUACGUUACGUUACAAAUGUCAGAGCACAUUGCACAAUUUCCAUUAAAACUUAAUUCAGAUAAACAGGAUUUCUUCACACGUUCAUUUUGAAACUGUUUACUGUGCUUUCUGCCUUUCCCCAAACUUAACACAGAGAUCGCAAGAAUAUAUAGUAUAACAGUACAAAAUAAAUAGUCCACCUGGAAACAUGCUGAAUGAAGCAGCAGACCCAUAAAAGCAAUUGACCAGACCAAUGUAGUGCCAGAAAAACAAACUCAGUUAAGCCAGCAGAUGAAGACAUUGGAAGCCAGGUGAAAAGAGGGGACUUCCCCUAUCACCUGAAGAAGACAGUCAGGCAGAUCUCCCUGCCAAAGUUUAACAGGUGGGGCACAACUGCAGAAAAUGCCCAGUUGCUGAUGGUCACCCACUUAACCACUACAGGCAUUCGAAUAAGGUUCUCAGCUUACUGUUUUGGCUGCCAUACAAGGUUCAUGCAGGAAUAAGUGAUCUUCAUGGUGCCUUGAAUUGGGCUUGGAAAUAGUGCAGUUUCUUUAAAACUAGCGUAAUAUAUUCACAAUGGUGAGCUCCUGCCAACAGCUCGGCUGCCAUAUUCUAGAAUACUGUAGUUGAAAGUUGCUGAACCCUUUAAAAAAGCAUUCCCAUAAAUAGCAUAUUACAGUACUAAAGCCUGGAUGUUACUAAAGCAUGGACAACUGCCCAGAUCAUUCCUUUGUUGGAGGGUAUAAAGCAAGUGUACCAAGUUGAAAAAAUCUUGAUACAAGCUCAGCAUAACAACAUGAAUUUAGAGACAGUAGAAAUACUGGAAGUAUUUUAACCAUUGAGGUCUUUCACAUGAGUAAAAGCAAUAAUGUUGAAAUGAAAAUCAAUUGCAUAUUGAAUAUUUCAAGAAGCAUUUACUAUACCUAUUUUUAUGUUGUCUUUCAAUAAUAAUUCCUAGUUUGGGACAAAUACAUUCAGUGUCUAUAUCCUUUUGUAUUCACUUAGCUAUUCGUUGGGCCUGACUUGUUAAUAAACAAGAGAUAGGGAUGUGCUCCCAGAAACAAACCUGGAUCUCAUGUGCACAUGGAGUGUAUCUUCAGAUUAGUAGGUAAAAUUGAUAAUUGUAUACACUAAUGUAAUCAGGGGUUUCACUGAGAAGAAACUUUCUAUAUAAAAGAGUUUAGUUUUUGUUUUUAUUGAAAAGAAGAAACCAAGGCAACUGGUAGAGGCAUGAAAAUAGAACAGAUGGGCCAAUUCGCUGAUCGGUUUAGCAAAUCCGGUGUGUUGAUGUCUUUACCCAUUACAGAAUGACAGCACAGCAUUUUGGAACUGACAUGUAUUAUAAGUUCCACUCACUAUUCA